AUGGAAGCGAGGCCGCAUCACACCAUACACGCUGCAAUGCAAACAGCUGGUGUUAUCACUGAGAGCAAUCGUCUGAAGACGAGAACCAGAACAGGUUAUAGUAUGGGUGCUGAUUUCAUCGACCAGCAGUCUAACUUGGUCAUUUUUCCGUUUCAUAGAAAGCGACGCGUCAAAUGCGACGAAAGAAAACCAACUUGCUUCAAGUGCAUGUCUGCCGGAAAACCAUGCGAGGGAUAUGCCGCGGCAGUUCGAUUCGUCCAUAACCAGCGCCUUGUCCUCCAAGGAGAGAUACCCAGCCAAACUAGACACUUUGGAAUCGCUUUCAUGAGAUCCAUCUCGUCAGGCGUGGGGAGCACUCACAUGGAGCGGCAGUUUUUCUGCGCCUACAGACGGGCGACCGAAAACGGGGUUUCCAUGCACUCUUGCGGCGUGUCAUUCUGGACAACGCUUGCCCCCCAGCUUGGCCAUUGUAACGAGGCCGUUCAACAUGCUCUUAUAGCGCUAGGGGCGGCAUAUCACCUAUACAAGGUCAGCAAAGGAGCUUCCAGUCACCUGCAAGAUUCCUCUCCGGCUGUCGACACGCUGGAGCGCUUUACCUGGAGAGAGUACAACCUGGCGAUCGGGAACCUUCACAGACAUCUUGAUAAACCCGAGCCCGCAAGCAUUGCCUUUGUGCUCGUCUCUUGCCUGGCAUUCAUCUCCCUGGAGCUCCUUCGUGGCGAUCACUACACAGCGAUAGCGCACAUGCGCAACGGAAUACGCAUCCUCAUGCCGGCUCUGGACGUGCGCCGUCUCCGCAACGCUUCGUCAAGACGUCGGACAAGAGGCUCGUUGUUAUCCGACGCCGAUCUAUGGGACAUCACCACUCAAUUCCGGAAUCUCGAGUUUGCUCUUGGGGGCUUUUCUUCCGACAUCCCCUUGAUCCUGGGACAACAGCUCCGCGGCGACACACCCGACGCCCAGCCCAUCACCAGCGUGGCCCAAGGCUAUGACGCAAGAACAAAAUACGUGAACGAAGUCAUGGUUCGCUGCUGGGAGCUGCGUGGGCACAGAGGCAACCAGGCUUUCUGGGCGCAGCCGCAUAUGCAGCAAGAACUGAGCGCUCUUCGCCAACGGGGCGCAGCUAUAAUGUCUGCUCUUGAGCUGCUGUGGGCUGGGCCACAAGCACCUCCGAUUGGGACAUGGCUGUCAUACAGUAGCCAGAUGGACUGGCUCCUGGUGAAUAGUGCGAGAACCAUGGUACAGCUUGUGCCGUUCGGGAUUGAUUCCCACCUGAGGAUGGCCCAGGACCCCCGCUUCCAGGACGAACUUUCUCGGGGUGUCUCGUUUGCUGCAAAGAUGCUUCUUACACAUCAUCUGCAGGGGAAACCACCGUCAGAUUACACUCUUGAAACCGGCCUCAUUGCCCUCAUGUACUGGUCGUAUGUGUACAGCAUGAGACUGGAGACAAAGGAAGCGGCUUUGAGGAUUCUUCAGGAGUCAACCCAGAGAGAAGGGCCAUGGGAUGCCAGCCUUAGUCUAAGGUUCCUUUCUCAAGACACCAAACCGCGCCUUUUGAUUAGCUUUUGGAGGGAUCCGCAUACUAUUACGCACCCGGCUAUCCCGUGGCAAUUGAGAGUCGUCGAGCAUUAA